AUGAAGAUAAAGCUACUAUUUUUAAAUUUUAUUAUUUCGUUUGCAGAAAAUCUCGUUCCAGCGGAGGAUUCGAUAUCCAAACUGACUUUGAACGCCUCGGAUCGGGAAUUCGCGGACACGGUCCCAGUCAUUCGUGUCGCUUUGCAAGGUGCACGUUGUGAAACUCAACCGGUGAUCUCCGUCCAAUCUGUGGUCUCACGUUUGAACGGCUACCAUCCUCCGAAUUCCCGAGUAAAAGUGGAACCCAACGAGGCUGCUUUCCGGCCUCACAAUCCAGCCACGUCCCAUUCGCAUUUGGGUUCUGUGAUAAUCAGUACUCAAUCACCCCGCGGUACUGUGGGCGGCGCAGCUGAAACAGUGUGUUCAUCUUCCUCGUCGUCGUCCUCCUCUUCCUCCUCAUCUGUACUACCUGGACGAUCCACCUUGGUCAAUUCGAAUGCAGUCACAAUCCCCGCGAAUUCAACGGCCAACAAUAUACUGAAGCAGUCCUGUUUAGAUGAUCCGCUAACAGACGGCAUGUCUAACUCUCCGAAUUCGGUCUGCGUGCCAACUGGCAGUGUUGCACAUCGACUGGAAAGGCGGAGCCUCAAACGUCCAGCACCGUCCGACUCACCAUGCUCGUUUCCAUCUUCUCCAGUUCGGGUAUCCCAUGCCCCACAUCAUCAUCAUCACCAUCACCACCCUCAUGUACAACAUCAACCGGUCCCCUCCUCUUCAAGUCCACCUCUACUCAUCUCAGACAUGAAUACGUCUGUGCCCGUAAUCCCACAUCAACGACACCCAUCCAUACAUCAUCGUUUGUCCGAUUCCACACUCCAAGCCCCGGUGCUUUUGCCAAAUUCUACCGUGCUUCCUUGUCUAACUCAGACCACUGAACCGGUCCCCAUGACCAUGUGCAAUCCCCUGGUCGGUCCAACCGGACACCUGACAGUCAUGGAUUCCGAUGUCCCGUUCACACUUACGCAUAGUUCCGAAGCUACUCAUCUAGAAAACAAAACAUUCCAGUCCGCCAAUCUCUCCACCAAUUCUCCUGGAUCAAACACAAUGCUCUUGUUGCACCAACCCUUGGCCUUACCUGUACACCAUCCCUCACAUCAAUCUCUAUCAAAUGGUCCGUCGGGUUUUGGGACCAGCGGUAUGUUUGGCAAUGGUACAGCUCUUGGCGGCACGAGUGGAGGAGGAGGAGGUUCUAGUAACAGUGGAAAGACUACUCCAAGACAACCGGCCAAAAAGCGAUUGGAAGCCCGAACUCCGACCAUUGAUGGCAGCAUGACCGACGACGGGAGCAACGGUGGUGGACCACACGGAACACCUAUUCUUAUUACUGGAUCGGAUGAUGCUAAUUCGGCGUUGUUGAACACAGCCAGUGGAACUGGGGGACCGACAACGUUUCGAGUGCAUCAAAAUACGCCUUUCGUUCCGGUACAAAGUCGUUCUGGUCGACCAAGUUCCAGUGGUUCCGCCUCGAGUGGAAGUUUAGCGCCGAACAUAAACGCAACCAACACGAAUGACUCUAUCGGUGGGAAUACCGUGAGUGUUGGUCCCGGCGGUCCACUGCUUUCAAAAGCCGGUCGCUGUCUACCGGAGACAGAGGAAGGUGAAAUGGAUCAAGAAUUGGUUGACAUCAUGGUUCGACGUUCCGGAUCCACUGGCAAAGUUAAUUGCUGUUCGGACGAAGGUCCUGGCAACCGUUCCUCAUGCAAUUUAAUCACCGAGGGAAAUAGUCAUCGAUCAGCUGUUUGCCCCCUCGGACUAUCUUCAAAUACCCACGUCACAGAGCUAGGCACCAGUCCUACUGGUCGUCACAUUAUCGAGGCCAUUGUGGCCUCUUUGACCAGUUCACAUGGUUCACCGUUGCACGGCAAUUCCACACCGAUCAACCCGCGUCGCAGUGCUUCCGCAUGCAGUCUUCCUCGAUUGGGUUCCAGUCCGAAUGAUGAUCUGACAGAAUUUCUGCUCCAUUCAAACAGUAACGGUACUGCUCGGCUGUUCUCCUCGCCCAGCGGUCCCGGACCCUGGCAAUCCAGUCGGGACGCUUUGGUCAUUUUACAACAACAGCAGCAGCAACAGAACAACAACAACAACAAAUCGCACUGGUUGAGUGAUUACGUUGCAAUGACUGGUCGUCGGUCUGUUGGACAUUCACAGCAUGACGGGAGCAGUACCACCACCCCUCCGCCGUCCGUGUCUGUUUCAACAAACUCAUCCGCGUCCGGUGAGUUACGCCUAGUCAGUGGGACUCGGGUAUUAGGCCAGUCCAUGUUGCAAACACCUACUCUAAACGGGGACGGAACGACUGUACAAGAUUCCUCAAUGCAAGAACUUACCAGUGUCAUCCGAAAUUCGCCAACCUGCGGAGAGCAGUGUUCAGUACAGUACAGCAUUUUCGGAGAGGGUAAACCUCGUUAUGAUAACAAAGAUGGUCGUACCACGGAUAUGAACAAUUUCCAUUUGAAACACCACUUAUUGAUUCUUCAUCUGCGGAUGGAAAUGUUAUAA